AUGGGCAAUCAGAAAUUGGAGAAAAAUAAGGCCACAAGGGAACCAAUCAUAGAAGAGCCUCCCAAGGUGAUCCUGAUAUGCUACCAGGUACAGAUAAAUGAAACAUCAGGCACAGAUUUCAUCCUUCUGGGCCUCUCCUUUGAUAUAAAACAUAUCAAUCUUUUUAUUGGUGUCAUGCUUCUGAUCUACAUCGUGGCUCUCAUCUUGAAUUCCAUUCUCAUUCUCCUGAUCUGGAUGGAUUCUUACUUCCACAAACCUAUGUACUUCCUGCUCAGUCAGGUGGCCCUCAUGGACUUGAUAUUAAUCUCUAGCUUUGUCUUACUCAUCAACUUUGUCUCCAAAAUGCCCAUUAACUUCUUCUCAGGGAGGAGAAACAUCUCACGGUCGGACUGUGGAACUCAGAUCUUUUUCUUUCUGACUCUAGGAAUCGCCGAGUGCAUCCUCAUCACCCUCAUGUCCUAUGACCGGUAUGUGGCCAUCUGCAACCCUCUGAGAUAUGUCAUCAUCAUGAGUCAUAGGGUCUGUGUACAGAUGGCUGCUUUCUCCUGGGCUGGGGGUGUCAUUACAUCACUGGUACACUCAACCUAUGCCAUGCAUUUCCCCACCUGUGGUUCCAGAGAGAUUUCCCCUUUCCUCUGUGAGCUCACAGCUGUCCUAAAGUUGGCCUGUGAGGACAUCUCUGCCUAUGAGAGGGCUGUGGUGGUGACAAGCAUCAUGGUGCUUCUUAUUUCCUUGUCCCUCAUCUUUUCUUCUUUUGCUCUCAUCUUCCUUGCCAUCCUCCACAUGAACUCCCCUGAGGGCAGAAACAAAGCCCUCACCACUUGCUCCUCCCAUCUGUCUGUGGUAUGCCUCUACUAUGGCCCUGCCAUAGUGAUCUACAUGAGGCUUAGUUCCUAUCAUAAUGCCAAGCUGGAUCAGGUUCUCUUUAUACUCGGCCCUAUUCUCACACCUAUGCUGAACUCCCUGAUUUAUAGUCUUAGGAACAAAGAAGUGGUGUGGGCCCUAAGGAAGGUGCUGGGCUAA